AUGAAGAACACUGCAAGCAUGAGCAAAGAAGAAAUCGUUGCGGACAGUAUGAAGUUGAGAACGAUGUUACUGAAGUGCGAUCGUCUGCGAAUCCCCACACUUUGCUUUGUAAAGGGAGGUUGUAUUGGUGGAGGAGUUGGUUUGUGCUCCACUUCCAAAAACGUCGUUGCAACACCGAGCAGCUGGUUCCUCUUUUCCGAAACGCGUUUGGGCAUCAUUCCAGCAGUCGUUUCGCCCUUUGUUUUGAACCGAAUCGGCGCCAUUCGAACCAGACGAACGAUGAUGAUUCCAGAAAGGAUCGGAGCGACCGAUGCGCUGCGAAUCGGUCUCGUGGAUCGAAUUGUGGAAGACGAAGCCGCGAUGGAGGCUUACGAAAAGGAGUGGAGAAAGUGUGUGAAAGCUGCUGCUCCGCAAGCAGUGGGAUUGGUGAGUGAUUUGAUCGACGCGAUGAGUGAGAAUCAAUCGUCGGAGAAGCAAGGCGAAAUCAGUGUCAACAUGUUGUGUGAACGGCGCCAAAGUGAGGAAGGGAAGGAAGGAAUGGGGUGUUUCUUCAGCAAGACGAAGCCUUCGUGGGUUCUGUGA